AUGUCGCCCGGACGCAAGGUCUUCCAUUGUGCCGUGGACGAAACGGCCCUAACCACCAACAUCAGCGAAAUCAAAAGAUGGACCACAAGCGGCGCCAUUACCCUCAUCGUCCCUCUUUACACCCUGGAACGCCUGCAUGCGUUGAAAAGAGCCGGAUCCCAGAUCGCCAUCAACUCCCGUGAGGCUGUCCGCUUUCUCGAUCGAGUCACGUCCGGCAAAGAUAAUAUUCCUGCCAAUAGUGUCGUUCUCCAAGGCCCGAUGGAGCAGUACGAAAAUUGGGAAGAGGCGGAGAAGUUCUUCCUACCGGAGUUUGAGGAGGAACCCGAGGCGAUCAACGGAGAUGACGCCGAGGAGCAGUUGCCCCUGGAGAGGCCAGCCGAGAAGAUGAAGAGCAGUAACAAGAAAAAUGGCGCGGCCCCCGAUGAUCUGUCGCAGAUGCUUCUCAACAAGCUGAACUUCAAGACCGAAUCAGACGCCGCGUCGAUUCCCUCCGCGGGUACGCACAGUAAUCCUGCCUCAUCACCCUCGUCGAGAAGUUCGCGCACAAGCCCCGAGGACUCCAAUCUGCGCGCGGUUGCAAACGGUGGAGUACAAAACGAGGCCACAUUGAAGAAUGAGACCGGACAUCGGCGCACUGCCUCGGGGUCUGUGGUUCCUACAGCUCCCGUGGUGCUUCGUCCGCUUCUCAGUGCCAUUCUAUGGCGCUUGCACAGUGGUCCCGACGCCACUAAUGCAGCGAAGACUUGCAUCCUCGUCACAAAUGAUCGCGUAACGGGAUUGUGGGCUCAGAAGUUCGGCAUUGCCGUUAAGAACAUCCAUCAACUGCGAACUUCGAUCCAGUAUGAAGAACGAGAGUACAAGAACCGUUGCAAGUAUGUUGAAAAGACCUUGGUGUCUGAACCAAAAUCGCUGCUCUCAUACGAAGACGAAAGCGACGAGGAUGAAUUGGUGUUCGUGCCUCGCGGCCGUGGAAAAGGAGUAUCGAGAGGCGGGGGUUCGCGCGCAACCACCAACCGUAAAACCACUUCUCCCAAAGUGGUCGCAGCUCCCGUGGAGAGUACGGUUGAGAUCCCCACGCAGCCCAUCGAUCCCGAUUCUUUCAGUCGGGCCUUGGGUCCCACUACCAAGCAACAGCCUACCGUGGAUUUGAGCACUCAAGCUGGAGCCGCUCGUGGCAUUGCUGGCGCAUCUCGCGGUCGUCGCGGAGCAUCCCGAGGACCUUCUCGUGGUAACAAUCGCGGUCGAGGCAAACUCUGGGUUCCUUGA